AAACAAUACGAGAAUGGAAAAUAUGCAACGGGUUAGACUGGCGGAAAACACCCGCCUACCCGAUGACCUCGUGGCAGAAUCCUCUCUAUGUCUGGGUUCGGGAUUUCCUGUCCCUGAAGACUCUCCCUCUACAUGGUAAUGUUAUCGUCCAGAGGGAUGAAGAGGAAUUGGUCCCGAGAGGUGCGGCGGAUGGCCGGUAUAGGCUCUAUUUGGAGAGAUCGCUGGAAGGGUAUCGAAAGGAGAGAAGUCUAAGAGAGGUUUAUCUGCAGUGCGGGUGGAGGGUCGACGCUGAUGGAGAGAUGCAGCAGGGGCAGGGGGGGAGGGUGUGGGAGAGCUUGGAAGAGGCGCGAAAGGUUGCUGGAGGUGGGUUUCAACCCCGCGAAUUCGAGAUACGUCGACAGGAGUGGUUUGAUAGGCUUUGGCCGGAGGAUGCGAGAGAGAAGUGUUCGGGGUGUUUGGAGCAUUGAAGUUUGGUAAGUGUAUAUAUAAUGUGGCCAACCUUAUAGAUCAAGUGGUUAAUUAGAAAGUCGUUAUUGUAUAGGCU